GAGAGAAAUGGCUAUCCGUCUGAGUCACCCUCUUCGUCACCAUUUAUUAAAUCCAAAUCAUCAUACUAAUAAACAACCUCUUCGGUUCGCAAAUUCUCAAUUAAGAAUGAAAAAUUAGAACCAGUUGAACCACACAAGAUGGUAAUGUAAGUAAAACAAACUCUUGAGAAAGAUUACAAAAAUCUCCCAGUUGGAAAGAAUGGAAGAGAUGACGAAGAUAUGAUUCUUUGGUUUCUCAAAGAUAGAAAAUUUGACAUUGAGGAAUCUGUUUCAAAAUUGACUAAAGCCAUUAAAUGGCGUCAAGAGUUUAAAGUUUCAGAAUUGUCGGAGGAGUCUGUGGAGAGAUUAGCUCGAACUGGGAAAGCCUUUGUGCAUGACUGUCUUGAUGUCAAUGGCAUGCCGGUACUUGUGGUUGUGGCUUCUAAGCAUUUUCCUGAUAAGGAAGAUCAAAUUGAGAAUGAGAAGCUUUGCGUUUUUCUGAUUGAGAAGGCAUUAAGUAGACUCCCAGAUGGGAAAGAAGAAAUACUUGGAAUAUUUGACUUCCGGGGAUUUGGCACAGAGAAUUCUGACUUUGAAUUUUUGAGGUUUCUGUUUGAUGUGUUCUACUAUUACUAUCCAAAGCGGUUGGGACAGGUUCUGUUUGUGGAUACCCCCUUCUUGUUUUUUCCGCUUUGGCAGCUAAUCAAGCCCCUAUUAAGAUCACAUGCUUCUCUUGUGAGAUUUUGCUCUGCUGAUACGGUACCGAAGGAAUACUUCACUGAAACGACAGUACCAACAAACUUCAGAGACUAGUUAAGCAAUCUACACACAUGACAUUCUGAAGGAAAGAUGCAACCUCCGCCUUCGAGGUCCAUUGAAUUACUGGGAGUUCAUCAAGGGAAGCAUGUCGGAGCAAAAAUCGUCCUGUGCAGUUUCAUGGAAAAACUUGCAACUGCAAUAUGAUGACAGAUAAGAAUCCAUAUUGAUGUCCGCAAGAUAAAAUUAUAUUCCUAAAGGUAUAGAGUUAGAAAAAGUGUCCAACAUUGUUCCUGGUUUUUGUUUUUUUUUUCAAUUGGACUCAACUUUGUUUUUGUGUUUUGUAAGGCAAUAAGAAUAAAAGAGGCUAUCAGAUGAAUCUUAAUCACACCCAAAAAAAUGAUAAAGAUAAACAGCAAAGAAAGAAAAGAAUCAUGGAAAAUAUUGCUUACGUUUGGUUGACGUUUAAGUGGUCAACCAAUGAUGAAGAAGCCACCUUCGCCAAUAUCUCCGUAAGAACUUCAUGCAUACCCCCUCUAUAACAUGUCUUAACAUCAGCCAUUGUUGAUGAUUCGGUUCUGGUUAUUCUUUUUCUUGACUUUUUCUUAUUCCCUGACCUUAAAGUAGACGUGUAGAUGUCCGUGUCAUCUCCGUUUCAAUUUGUAGCAAGUUUAAAAAGGAAUGACCUACUGAUUGUGAUUGUAAAGAAAGAAAAAAAAGGGGAAGGAAGAACAAAAGUUUACGAAUGGAAGAGAAUAACGACGGGGAGUUGAUAUUUAUAGGUUGUAUGAAUGAUUGACAUUGAGUUCAUCUAGGAAUUGGUUUUGUUUCCUAACCAGGAAGAAAUUGAGUUCAUCUAGGAAUUGGUUUUGUUUCCUAACCAGGAAGAAGUCAUGGUAAAAAACACUAACGGGGUGUUAGUCCUCAAGGGAGUUGAGGGAGUUGGGUGUAGUUGGGUUUUUUCCUGUUAGUCGUGGGGGAGUUCGAAGGAGUCUCUCAAAAUCCCCGUUCGUGGGAGAGUUCAGAAGAGUUUCCCAAACUCCCUAGAAAACCACGUUAGUCGUGGGAGAGUUUGAAAACACUGUUGAACUCCCUGUUAGUGGUAAAACCCUAGAAUGCUAGAGAGCUGGUUGUUUUGGGGAGUUCUGGAGAGUUGAUAGUGUAUUUUUGCCGGUAUACAAAUCUCUCAAAAGAGUAGAGAUUUGGGAGGGAGUUUGGUCAGAGAAAAACAUAGGAGAAAGAAGAGGAAACGCUUCAACUUUCAGCAAAUAAGCUCCAAACUGGCUGAACUGAUCUAAGCUACGACCUAUGUGGCUUAUCUAUUCCACUGCACUUAAAGUUUUGGAUUAAUAAAGAAAACACAAUAUAAUUAACAUAUGCUUACCACGGGAUCAGGUACAUAAACUCUUAAGAUCUCUAUUUUUUGUAGAAAUAGAAAUACGCAACCUGCUAGAAUUUCUAAAUUAAGGUGCUUUAUUUUGUUUCCACAGAUGCACUAUAAGAGCAUCUCCAAUGGUAACUUGGUGUGCAUCUUUUGGAACACAUACUAUGACAGGUUGUUGUAUUUCUAAUUCAGGUUGUUAUGACAGGUUGGAACACUUUCAAUUCUUUUGGAACCCAUGUUAUGAUUAAACUCUAAUUCAGUUUAACCAUCUUUUGGAACCGAUCAAACUACUUAUAUUCGAGUACAAGAAUAGUAACAAGUCUGUGCUCCAUGUCAAACUAGUAACAUAAUUACUAAAUCACUGCUCACUAAAAUGUGGUAUUACUGAAGAGUAUUCAUAAUUCAUAGAUUCUGAUGGUUCGUUUUACGAUAGAUUGUAGUGAAUUUGCAUAACAAUUGAUAAUUUAAGUGCGACUGGACAGAACAAGGGGUAGCACUACAAGCUAGAGAAAAACACUAAUGUGUUUGUGUAUAGGGUGGAAGCAUGGGUCCAAGUCAAGUGUCUUGCAUCUUUUGACUCAGAUGGGAAGCCAUCCAAGAAAUUGCAGUGUAAAAAAAGACAUAAGUAUGUGAAUGGUUUGACCGUGAAAACCCUCUUUGUUAUAUUUGAAAUAUGGAUCCAUUCAUAAUUGCUCCUUCCUUUGCUUCGUAUAAUGUUGUCAUGUUUACAUUUUCGUUGGCAGUACCUAUGACAAGGUAAUAAGUAACCCCUACAAACACAUUAGGUUAUUUUUUUUCUUCACCAGUUAGCUUGUUGUGCUAACUUUAAUCUUUCACUGCAUUAUUUUUUGUAGGGGGUGUUGUUCCAGUGAUAUUUGAUUAGCCAAUGGUUUUCACUACCGCAAUCAUAACAUGCAUAUGGAAGCUGAAUUGGAGUUGCUCUAAGUUGAUCACUGAAUUUCUAAAACCAUGCGUAAUGUGUUUGUGGGAAUACAAUAUUAGUCUUCCGGGUAUUAAGCUAAAUUGUCGUAAGGUUGUGUAAUUCAGCGAAUGAUGAGUAUGGCUUAAUGGAAGAAUUUAGUUUGUAUA